AUGGGAGAUUACAAAGUACGUGGACCAACAUUCUUGUGUAUAUCAGAAUUUAAUCAAAGUCAUUGUCAAUUGGAUUCAAAUAUGAUAAGUAGAGAAUUUUGUGAUGCAGUGAGAGCUAAUACUUCUACGAGUAUUGCGACACAUCAAGAUCUGAUCAAGGAAAAAUUUGGAUAUCAUGUUCCUUAUGAGAGGGUCUGGGAAGGAAAAACAAAUGUUUUGGCUCGUAUUUUUGGUGAUUGGGAUGAGUCAUAUCAACUUUUGCCAAAGUGGAUGUACAUGCCGAAACACACUAAUCUAGGAACAAUUGUUGAAUGGAAAAUUAGGAACUAUGGAAAACCGGGUCAUGACAUUCUUCAUUCUAUAUUUUGGUCAUUUGGUCCUUGCAUUGCAGCCUUUCAAAAGUUACGCCCCGUGAUUCAAAUAGAUGGUACUCACAUUUAUGGAAAGUAUAAAGGGAAGAUAUUGAUUGCAACAUCAGUCGAUUCAAAUGGACAUUUGUUACCUCUUGCUUUUGCCAUUGUAGAUGAAGAGAGUCGUCAGACUUGGGGAUGA